AUGGAUUCAUUAAAAUCAAAACAAACAUGUACGAAUGCAUUGCCACCAAAGGAGGUCAGUUCCUCCAACCAACCAUCUUACCUCAUCGUUCAUGCUACAGGAGAAACACCUCUUUCUAAACGUUCUCUUUUUCUUAUUCAGAAACUCUUUGAAUUGAACAUCGAGCACCUUAAAAAAAUCCAAAAAUUCAGGUCAGGAGAUCUACUCAUAGAAGCAGCCUCCCCUCAACAGUCAGAAAAGCUUUUGAAAACGAAGUCUCUAGGAGACGUACAAGUCACCAUCAUACCACACACAAGUUUGAACUCUUCACAUGGUGUGAUAUCUGAAAUCGAUUUGAUGUCUGAAGAUGAAUCAGAUAUUCAGAUCAGCCUUUCAGAUCAAGGAGUUACUGCUGUUUGA